CCGUCUAACGAGUGAGACGCCACAAUUCUCUUCUCGUCGUUCGUCGGUGUCCAGCCAGUCCAGUGUGGUUUUUGUGGCCAGGCCAGAAGCCAACAACAACAACAAAACAGAAUCAGCGCGGUGUACCACCAGAAAUCCGGAGGAAGAUCGCACACCGCUCGCGGAUACUCUCCUCUCCAACCCGAUAGCCAAGCUCAAUACGCGUGUCGUGUGAAGGUAGCGCGGGACCCCAGUGGCGACGUCGUAGGUGCUGCGCUCUUUAGUUUACACACGGAGAGCGUCGCGGACGGAGUUAGCGCGAAACGCAGCGACAACAACAACCAGGGAAAAAAAUAUCGAUCAUAGCAGGCGCCGCCGCCAACAGUGUGUGUCGGGUCGCGAUCGAUAACCAAAUUUAAACGGAAAAAAAUCAACGGGUAACUUGAUCUACCCGAGAGUUGCAGAGCCGCAGAGAAGAACACAGUUAGCGCAGUGAUAAGACCAGUGAAUCGAAACAAAGCGAAAAAUUCUGAAUAUUCUGAAUCGUUUAGUGAAGUCGUGAAAAGGCAAAUCAAAGAAUCGUGGAUACACCCAACUACAACAACAACACACCAGUUGAAAGAGUGAGAAAUUGUGCAAAAAAUCGCCUGCCGAUUGCAGAGCAGUGAAAACAAAGCAAAAAUUGCCAAAGUGUGGCACGCUACCACAGUGAAGAAAGUGACUCCCGAAAAGGGCAAAUACUGGCCUAGAGUUUAGUGCAGAGUAUUUCGCCGAUUGCCGAGGAGUUUGGCGUCAGAGAGCAGUGAAAAUCAACACAGCAAGAAAUCAACCCAAAAAAAAAUGACACCCUUCAUCGACGGCCAGCUGUUGCACGGCUAAAUCCCUCGUACCUUCAAAGUGAGGUUUCCAAAAACCGAGUCCAGAAAUUACCCCCCACUACCAAGCCCAAAUGGUUAUGUCGCCAAGCAGACGACUGUCAUCGCCAGGAAUCGCCACGCACCCGAUGAAUAUGCAUUUGAGCUCGCUGCAACACUCCCAGCUUCAGUUGUCCUCGCAGAUGCAUCAGAAGUUGGCCGCCGGACUCACGCCGAACCAUAUGAGCGGGUUUUUCAAGAGUCCGUCGACCUCCCCGAGCAGCGCCAAUGCUAAUAUGAGCAAUAACAACAACAACAACCACAUCAGUCACCACCAGUCCAAGAGUCACAACAGCAGCAGUAACAGCAGCAGCAGCAACAACAGCACACCAACGAGCAUGCCGUCGGCAACGGAGCUGUCCGCGCACCCGUUGAACCGUCUGCAGUCGAUGCAGCCGUUUGACUUCCGCAAACUGAGUGCGGCCGCGGCCGGGCUGAGCGCCUUCACGGCCGGUCUGCCCCCGCCAAGGCUUAGUCCGGAGGCGGCCGCCGCCCAGCAUCACUUCAACCAGCAGCAGGCCGCAGCCGCAGCAGCGUACUCGCAGGCGACCGCCAAGCGACGUGACUCCCAAGCGUCCGAUUCAUCGGCAAGCUCCCGUCACGAACACGCCGCGGCUGCCGCCAACUUUAUGAACCUUUCGAUGGGCGGACACGGACUACCGUUCCCGAUUCCGCCACCACCACCACCGACCUCGGUCGCAAUGUCGCUGGCCAACUCGCUGAACCACUCGGCAGCAGCGAUGGCUGCAGCCGUUUCCGGCAAUCCGCACGCCGCCAGCUUCUUAGCGCAAUCCUUCCCGAAUCUGCUCGCGGCUUCAGCCGCUCGUGAACAAGCUCGCAGCAAAUCGCCGCUGUCCUCGCUCCACAAGAUGCCCAUGAAGGCGGAAAAGCCGUCCUCGGAGAAAUCCGACAACGAAAAGAACCACCACGAACGCGAACGCGGUGAGAACGUACUCAACCUGAGCCGAGAUCUGGCGGCCGCCGCCGCAGCUAACCAGCACAUGUCCCGACAAGGCAUGUCCGGCCACGUCAGCCGCAUGGGCGGUGGUAUGCCCCCGGGUGCCCAUCUCAAGAAACCUCAAUCACCAAACAAACGCCAGUGGGGAGCACUUCCGCCCAACCUCGGAACCCAGUUCGUGAACCCAGCAACCGGCAAGAAACGGGUCCAGUGUAAUGUCUGCUUCAAGACGUUCUGUGAUAAGGGUGCCCUCAAGAUCCACUUCUCGGCCGUUCAUCUGCGCGAGAUGCACAAGUGUACCGUCGAGGGUUGCAGCAUGAUGUUCAGCUCGCGUCGAUCCCGCAACCGACACAGCGCCAACCCGAACCCGAAGCUCCACUCGCCCCACCUUCGCCGGAAGAUCUCUCCGCACGAUGGACGCAGCGCUCAACCCCAUCCGAUCCUCCUACCCUCAGCCGGUAUGCCCCUACCCAACGGGCUGAACCCGCUCCAUCCGUUUGCACCGUUCCCGCUGAUGCCCCACGGAGAUAUGCGCCAUCCGUCGCUGUCCGCGCUCGAGUUCAAAGCCAACAUGGAAGCUAGCAUGCAUCGACGCCUGCAAGAACAAGAAAAGCACCGCGAAAAUCAACGCCAGUCGCUCAGUCCGGAAAACUAUCGCUACCGAAGUCCGCUCGGCGACGCUUCCGACAAGUACCUGUCCCCGGGACAUCACCUCGGCGGCGGUAGCUCGAUCGGCAGCCACCUGGACGAUGACGACGAUGAUGACGACGAUCCAAACGGAAUCGUCAUCGACGGUAACGAUGAUGACGAUGACGAUGAAAAAGGUUUCGACAUGUCGCUCAGCUCCGAAUCCGAAGAUGUCAAAUCGUACCGACACUCGGGAACUCCCGAACCGGAGUACGAGAACGAGCGGUUGAACCACGAAAACGAACCGCAAGACUUUAGCCUAACCAAGAUGAAGUCGGAAAAGCUGUCCGUUUCGUCGGACGGAGAUGACGUUGCGAGCAACGUAGACAGCAACGAAGACUCGUCGGUGAACGAUCUGCAAACAUCGAUCAACCAGUCGAUCAACAAGCGCAAACGGAAGAGCAUGAACCCGACCAAGUGUUCGAUCCCACAGGAGCGAUUGUCCGCCGGGUCGGGUCACUUAUCCGAUGAAAAUGAAGAGAAGGAGGGAGAUGAAGAGCAGGGUGAUCACCUGGUAAAGAAGAUCAAGCUGGAGAAGGAGCAAUCGUUAAUUAACGACAAACGGGAAGCUUCGGUUUCGCCGAAGCCAAACGGGGAAAGCAAUCACAUGGAUGAGGAUGAGAUGACACCGGUCAAGAUCAAGUCCGAACCGAGUGAGCACCAGGAGGAGGCUGAAAAUCUGUCGAUGGACCUGUCGAAGAAACGGUCCACCCCGGACGUGAAUGCCAACGAAAAGUUCACCAAAUACUCGAUCGAUGUAAAGCCAGCGUCCGAACUGAUGGAGAAUCCAAUGGCACUGGUGCGUCCGAAAAACGAAUCCGAUGACCACGAGGCAGAAGAUCUGCGUCGACCGAGUUCUGCCGACAGCAAAAAGAGCGCCGAGAGUCUUGAUUCCGCCAGCACCCUGCGACGGCUCGAGAACCUGUCCCACGGCCCGCUUAACGAGAUGAUGAUGCAACGCGGUGGACUGCCUCAGUUCCCUCCGCUGAGCUAUCUGAUGAACGCUGCACCUCCUAGCCCGGCCCGAUCGCGGAGCCCCUCUCCGAAUCCGGCCACGAGCCCAACCCACGAUGACGACUCGGAUGACAACGUGGACUACUGCGAGGAAGGAAACUGCUUCAGCGAUCCCAACGUACCUCUCGACAAAGAUAAUCCAAAGAAAUGUUCCGCCUGCGGACGGAUGUUCCAGAAUCACUUUGCGGUGAAAACCCACUACCAGAAUGUGCAUCUGAAGCUUCUGCACAAGUGCAAUAUCGACGGCUGCAAUGCGGCGUUCCCUUCGAAGCGCAGCCGCGACCGACACGCAUCCAACCUGAACCUGCACCGGAAGCUGCUCUCGACCAGUUCCGACAGCAGCGAAACCAUCCUCCCGAUGGAGAAACAGUUUUCGUCCUUCCCCGGUCCACUGCCCACGGAGUUCCUUGCUAGGCUGUACGCCGAUUCCCAAAAGUUCCCGAUGAACCUGGAAGCGUUCAAAAAUCACCUCCCGAAUGCCGCCGGAGCGUACGCGGACCACUUCCUGAACGGCGGUGGCCAGCGGUUCCCACCGGCCGCCGCCAACCCGUUCCUGUUCCCGCCCCUCGGAGGACUGGCCGGCUUCCCCGGUCUGUCCCAGUUCUCGCACCUGUUACCACACCCCCUGAACGGAAUCUCCUCCCAGCUGGCGGGUGGUCGGAUGUCCCGCUCGGACUCACCCAUCUCGGCGUGUUCCCCCCCGACGACCACCAACAUUCCAUCGCCCAGGUCGCAGCACCACCAGGACCACUCGGAGCUGCAGGCGGCCGCUGCCCUGCUCAACCACAGUCGAUCCCCCGCGGCCACACCCGCCGAGGAGGCGCGCAAGGGACAAAAGACGCCCGACUCCCUCUCGUGACCAGCUCCGGCGGAAUCCGUCCUCGACGUUGACUGCUGGUGAACCUUCCACUUCCUUCCAUCCAAUUAACCCGGCGCUAAUCUCCUUCGCUCGUGGGUUAGGCUUAAUUGAAGCGCGUCUACUAGCAAUGUUAUCUCUCAGCAAUGAAGCAAUUCGAGAAAAAAAAGUAACUAAAACCAGACGAUAUAGAAAUUAAUUCAAUUUAGAGGCAAUUGAUGAGGGCUGGUGGAAAGAGGAAGUCUGUCUUCUUCUAAAAAAAACGUGAUCUCGUUUGACUCUCUUUUUAUUAUUUUGUAAUUAAAAGUUAUCGUAAAUUAGGUUCUGUUUAUCUGAAUCUUUCGGAAGAAACGCUUUGUUACGACAGCAGGACACACAAACACACCAGGCGUAGCUACUUUGUACUGAUAGUGGCAAAUUGAAGUUAAGCAUAAAUCACACUUUACUAAAGUGCCCAGUGAUAUAACGUUAAUUAUAUUAUUUUCGACGCUAAAUAAACCCAUUUUAUUGAAGAAGAAAGCAAAAGCAUGCCCUCAAAACCGGUUGGUUUUUUUGGUGAGUGGGUAAUUCGGGAUACAAAUUGAUUUCGAUAUUUUUACGAUUCUGAAUUUUAUACAUUUUAGUAGUGAAGCAAAACAAAAACGCGACAGCGCAGCAAAAUUUGUAGCUUUUGUAAGACCGUAAGUGUAAGCUUCUCCAGUUCCUAAAAAACCUUUCUUCUAGUAGCUUUUUGUGUAAAUCACUAUAAAAAGGGAACUUUCCAAAAAAAGAAAACAAACAAAAACUGAUAAAAAUAAACAACUGAUCAACAAUGAUAUUGGUUUGACUAUUUACGAGUACCUUUUUAUUUGUUUUAAUAAUUUCAUCAAUCUGUCACCAACACCAAAAUCUUCCACGAACUAGACUAGUGUAGGCAGUGAAGGAGGUCGAACAAACAUAAACAGAUACAAACAACUAAACUAGCGAGCAAAGAAAACAAAGAAACCUAUCGAAGAAUAAAACGAAUCUCUAGCUUGUAAGCUUUGUGUAAGUGAAAGGGCAGAAGGCAGACGAUAUACAAUGGAAAUGAAGUUUUUCAGUUUCGUACCUUCUCUAGGUUUAGGAAAAAAAAAGAAAAACUUUUGUUUAAGUUAUUAACAACAACACAAACCUAUAAUAUUGGAAAAGAUAAACAAUAAGAGAUAAAUACGAUUGAAAUCAAUAAUAAAUUGUGCAAUAUUUUCGUCCUCUUUUGUGCUCUAGACAAAUGAUAGUCUCUUAGGGUAAUAAUUAUAUGCAUAGUUACAAUACUUUCACAACUCUAGUGGGUAAGACAAGAAAAAACAUACAAAAUAGUAGCUCUAAUCAGUCUAAAGCAAGAAAAUCAGAAGAAAAAAACACGAAAAAUGAUAAAGAUUUUACUCUCUAGGCAAAAUGAUCAAAACAAAAACACAAACCACUUGUAAAUAAACUAUAAAUAUUGAACUAUACAAGCGUAGUUAAUUACAACAAUUGAUAUUAACGGUUAAGCAUGCUUCAUUCAAAAUGAAGCUUUCUCAUCGCGUCACAAACAAGUUACAGUAAUGUAAAAUAGAAGAAACCCAAGAACUUAUCCAUACAAAAAAAAAACAUGCAAGUUAAAAAUAUAUCAAAAAUAUCAAUAAUUAUACGAGAGAUAUCCAUAAGGCAUCAUCAUCUUUCGGGAACUACCUUUUUUCGUUCCGUUUUAGACACAAACACACACACAAACUGGUUGUUGCGCUGGCAACGACGCGCAAAAGCAGCACAAACUGUCAAAAUUUGCGACAAUUCUAUCAGUUUUUAUGAUAAAAUCCAUUUAUAUUUAUUUUUUAAAUGUGUCUCUCUUAAAGCGCUCAGCUAAGGUCGGGCAGAAAAAAAACCCUCUCAUGAAAAAAAUAUGUGAAAAUAAAUUAUUUUUAUUAUUACAAAAAAAUA